AUGUCUUGCUUAUCCGUUUCGUCAAAUGGCAUCGGCGUGGCCAAUCUGCCAAACCAAAAGCACAAAAUCGUCACUAGCAAAGGAACCAACUUUACUUUGAUGGUCUGUGGUGAAUCUGGUCUCGGCAAAACCACAUUUAUAAACACACUUUUUACAACCACCAUCAAAAACUACAGACCUCAGGAAAAGAGACAUGAUAAGCAACUGGAUAAAACGGUCGAAAUUGAGAUUACUAAAGCUGAAUUGGAGGAAAAGAUGUUCAAGGUAAAGCUGUCUGUCGUCGAUACACCUGGAUUUGGAGACUACAUCAACAAUCGGGACAGCUGGCUGCCUGUUGUUGAUUUCAUCGACGACCAGCACGAAAACUACAUGAGACAAGAACAGCAACCUUCUCGCCAAGGUAAAAUAGAUAUGCGUGUUCAUGCUUGUCUUUACUUUAUUAGGCCUAAUGGACACAGCUUAAAGCCACUAGAUAUCGAAAUCAUGAAGAGACUUGGUUCAAGAGUCAACUUGAUCCCUGUCAUCGCAAAAGCAGAUACGUUGACUCCACAAGAUUUGCAGAAAUUCAAAGAAAACGUCCGUGAAGCAAUUAGCUAUAACAACAUUUCCGUAUUUUCAUGUGCUGUGGAUAGUGAGGAUGAGGAAACAACCGUGCGCAAUCAAAGCAUUGCAAGUGCAUCUCCCUAUUCCGUUAUUGGCUCCACCGAGAUUGUUCAAACUGCUGACGGUAGACAAGUACGAGGCCGUGAAUACAGCUGGGGCGUUGCUGAAGUCGAGAACGACGAUCACUGCGAUUUCAAGAAGCUUCGAAAUCUGUUGAUUCGCACGCAUAUGUUCGAGUUGAUAUCCACCACAGAGGAAAUUCACUAUGAACACUAUAGACAACAACAAAUGGCAACUCGUAAAUUUGGUGAGCCAAAACUCAAAAAGAGCGAGAAUCCCAAGCUUCGUGAAAAGGAGGAAGUUUUGAGAAAGACAUUUACCGAAAAGGUCAGAAAUGAAGAAGCUAGAUUCCGUCAAUGGGAGCAACAGCUUAUCAAUGAGAGAGAUCGAUUGAAUAAGGAUUUAGAGGCUCAGCAUGCCAAUAUCAAGCGACUUGAGGCUGAAUUGGAUCAGUUAUAUCAACAAGGGGGCGGACGUAGCCAUACAGUGAGAAGAUAA